CAAGCGACUAAAUGUUUAAUUGCUGCAUGAAAGCAUAUAAAUGCAUAUGCCCUUAUUGUUUUUCCUCCUAAUACAUUCUUAAAUCUAUCAUAUAUACGUGCUUGCUUUCUUGCUUGAUUGCUUUUUGUUGUUUUUCCUUUCUUUUUAUGAAAGCAAAACAAAAGCAGUUGAUCUGAGCUUGGAUAUAGCAGCUUAGGCCUCGUUUGAUAUGCAUAUUAGUACUAUUUAAUACAAAUCCGGAGAGGCAGAGGUGCCAGAGGAGGAGGUGAAGACGAGCUAAUAAUAAUUUAGAAUAAUUGAUAAAGGAAAAGGAUGGAGCUUAAGCAGCUGUUUGUGAUGGCCUCAAUUCCGGUGUUGAAAGUGCUCUUGAUAACAGCACUUGGCUUAUAUCUUGCUCUUGAUCGUGUCAAUAUUUUGGGGGAAGUUACUAGAAAGAACUUAAACACUGUUGUGUUUUAUGUAUUCAGUCCUGCUCUGGUGGGUUCCAACAUUGCGCAGACAAUUACAUAUCAAAGCAUGGUUAAAAUGUGGUUCAUGCCCGUGAAUAUCCUCAUCACAUUUGUAAUUGGUUCCAUGCUCGGAUGGCUUCUCAUCCAAUUAACAAGGCCUCCUGCCCAUCUGCGAGGCCUUGUACUGGGUUGCUGUGCUGCAGGUAAUUUGGGUAUGAUGCUCCUCGUUAUAGUCCCAGCGGUUUGUAUAGAAAAAGGGAGCCCAUUUGGAGCUUCUGAUGUCUGUCACAUGUAUGCCAUGGGUUAUGCUUCACUCUCAAUGGCGAUAGGAGCCGUUUAUUUGUGGUCCUAUGUGUAUAAUAUUGUGCGGAUAUCUUCAAGAAGGGGCACCCAAGAUUCUAAUCAGUCCUCCGAGAGGUCCUCUACAUCCGACCAAGUAAGUUGCACUGAGCCUCUGCUAUCUUCAAAGGAAUGUCAUAGUAGAGGAAAAGCAAAGGUUGCUAACUCCAUUAAACUACAAUGAUGUUCAUUCAAUUUGAUAAUUUGUUUACGUAUUUCCAACUAUAUUAAGAUUUUUUUAUAGAGAGAACGUCAUUUUUUUUGUUUAG